AUGUUUUCUUCUGUGAAACACCUCACAGCAAUGGCGAAAUUUUCUUCAUCUUUCUUACCCCUUUACUCUUCGUCUCUUCGUCAACAGAGAACAAUCUUCAGUGAUGCAUACAAUAUCCGGAAGGAAGAAAUAGUCAUCGUCGGAGCUGGAAUCGCCGGCCUCGCCACCGCAGUUUCCCUGCACAGAUUGGGGGUUCGAUCGGUGGUGCUGGAGCAGGCGGAGUCGUUGCGGACUGGAGGAGCGUCUUUUACUCUAUCCACGAAUGGAUGGAAGGUAUUGGAUUCAAUGGGAGUUGGCGAUGAACUCAGAUCCCAAUACCUUGACAUUAAAGGGGUGGUUAUAGAAACAGAAAAUGGAAGACAACUACGCUCAAUGAAGCUGAGAGAGGAUCAAAAUCGAGAGAUUCGCCCAGUUGAAAGAAGAACCCUUCUGGAGACUCUUGCCAAAAAGCUACCACCAGAUUUCAUCUCUUUCUCUUCAAAGUUGGCAACGAUUGAAAAGCAAGAAGAUGGUGAAACUCUGCUGGAACUUGUUAACGGUACUCGAAUAUCAUCCAAGGUGGUAAUUGGGUGUGAUGGAAUUCAUUCUCCAGUCGCCAAAUGGAUGGGAUUUCCGGAGCCUAAAUAUGUGGGAUAUUGUGUUGUUCGUGGACUUGGAGAUUACCCUGAUGGACAACCUUAUGAGUCAUGCGUGAACUAUGUUUUUGGCCGAGGUAUGCGGGCUGCUUAUGUUCCGGUUUCACCAACAAAAGUUUAUUGGUUUGUUUGCUUCAACAGCCCCACACCAGGUCCAAAGUUUACUGAUCCAUCAGUAUUGAAGAAACAAACCAAGGAACUAUUCAAGAAAUGGCCCUCUGAGUUGCUGAAUGUAAUUGAUGCCACUCCAGACGACACUGUGAUCCAAACCCCAAUAGUCGACCGGUGGUCAUGGCCAGGACUGAGCCCUUCGGGCUCAUUGGGUGGAGCCGUGCUGGUUGGCGAUGCAUGGCACCCAAUGACUCCUAAUAUGGGCCGAGGGGCUUGCUGUGCUUUGGAAGAUUCUCAUGUUUUAGUGCAAAAGCUUGCGCCGACACUCAAGGCUGGACCAGCGGCUGUUGAGGAUGCACUCAGGUCAUACCGAAAAGAGAGGCGGUUGGUUAACUUUACAUUGACCGUGCUGUCAAAUUUCGUUGGAGCCUUUUUGCAGUUGGAGAACCCAAUGGUUUGUGCAAUUAGGGAUAAAGUGUUUGCAACACGGAAAUGAAGCAAGUCUGCCAAAAGUCUUGAUAUACCAGACCCUACAAUUAUGUAAAAGGUUUGGUAUAUAUAUACCUUAUAGAAUAGGAAUAAAACCGAAGUUGGUUCUACUUUGGUGCAGUAUUCAAAAAAUUUGGGGGUUUCAUCGGGUUCGAUUUUAACCCCAGCUUUCAGUUGUGAAACAACUGUUUUCCUCCUGUGUGUGGAUUUCCAUUUAAUCACACGUUCUGAUUUUAAAAUGAGAUGAUACAGAUUCAUGUGUGAA